AUGGAUAAAGAUCCAGUGAAGCGUCAACAGAUGAUUGAUUUUAUGGCCAAGAUACUCUCUGCUUAUCAUGCUGAACGUGCUCCAUCAUCUAUUAAAGGUGCAGAAGUUUGGUACUUACCACUGUUUGGAGUUCAUCAUCCGAAGAAACCAGAUCAGAUACAAGGAGUGUUUGAUUCAUCUGCCACUUACAAAGGAACAUAUCUGAAAAGUGUGCUUAUGAAAGGACCAGACAUUGCCAACAGAUUAAUAGGCGUCUUGUUGAGAUUCCGAAAGGAAGCUAUAGCAGUCAUGGGAGACAUUGAAAAGAUGUUUCACUGCUUCCAUGUCCCAGAGAGACACAGAGAUUAUUUUCGGUUCUUGUGGCAUGACGACAACGACCCAGAUAAGGAACUUAUUGAGUACCAUAUGAGAGUCCAUGUGUUUGGUAACAAGCCAUCUCCAGCGAUUGCAACAUAUGGGCUAAGGAAGGCUGCUGCAUCUUCGAGCUUAUAUUUUGGACAGGACGUGAAGGAGUUUGUUGACACAAAUUUCUAUGUAGACGAUGGGAUUGCUUCUCUACCUUCUACAGGAGAAGCUAUUGAUUUCGUUAAGAGGACUCAAGCAGCUCUGAGAAAACAUGGAAAUAUCUGUUUUCAUAAGAUAGCAUCAAACAGCCCAGAAGUUAUGAGUGCCUUUCCAUCUGAUGACAGGGCCAGUGAUCUCAAAGACUUGAAUUUCAUGGAUCACAGUGAACAGUGUGUUCCUAUUCAACGCAGUCUAGGGAUAUCUUGGGACAUAAAAACUGAUACAUUUGUGCUCCAGGUAUCUGUAGGUGAUAAACCUUACACGAAACAUGGAAUUCUGUCUUCGGUUCAUAGCAUAUAUGACCCUAUGGGAUUCUUGGCACCAGUGACCAUCAACAGUCGCUUGAUUCUUCGAGAUGCUGUUUCCAGUAAUGUUGGAUGGGAUGAUAUCCUAUCACAUGAACUUCAACAGGAGUGGAGCGAGUGGCUACAGUCACUUCGAAGAUUGAAAGACUUACAUGUGUCACGACCAUUUACAUCCUUGUCGUUUAAAGGAGCAGUUGGGCGGCAGAUACUCAUGUACUGUGAUGCAUCUGAAAGGGCCAUAGCAGCUGUGUGUUAUUUGGAACUAGAGACGCUGGAGGGUGAAUCUCAAGUAGGAUUCCUCAUGGGCAAAACUAAGGUGGCACCAAAACACGGACACACCAUUCCUAGGUUGGAACUUUGCGCGGCUGUCUUGUCAGUGCAGCUGGCAGAUCUUGUGUGUGAAAGCUUAGACAUUUAA